AUGGCAGCGACGCUACUGACGCCGGUGAAAGCUCAAAUUCUCUUAUUAUCAUCGCCCACCAAUCUCCAACAUACCCAGAUUUCCAAGCCUCGCUACCCACUACCUCUGCCUCUUCAUGUCCACCACUAUCGUGAAACGCUGGCCACGUCCAAACGUCGCCGCCGUCGCAUUUCCACAUCUUGCUCUGCCACUACGCCCACCUCCGUCCCCUCCCAACCCCCACCGACGCCACCUCCAGAUCGGGGCGAGAGUGAUGAUACCGAUACCGGAUUAGAUGCUGAACGGAGGAAAGCGCCGGAGAUACGAACGCUCUUCCGGAGAUUCUGGAAAGUGGCUGCUCCCUACUGGUUCUCAGAAGACAAGGCCGAAGCGCGAUUGCAGCUCGCAGUCGUCUUCGCUCUAACCUUGGGUACCACAGGCAUCAGCGUUGGCUUCAACUUCCUCGGCCGGGACUUUUACAAUGCUUUAGCUAACAAGGAUCAAGAGCAGUUCACCAAGCAACUAGUUUACUAUUUGGGAGCCUUUGCGGGAGGAAUACCGUUCUUUGUGCUGAGAGACUACGCUAGAGAAGUUCUUGCUUUAAGAUGGAGGUCUUGGAUGACAAAGCAUUACUUGCAACGGUAUCUGAAACACAGGCUAUUUUACAAAAUCCAGUCUCAGUCCAUCAUUGAUAAUCCGGAUCAGCGCAUCGUAGAUGACCUAAGUUCCUUCACUGGGACUGCUCUUUCCUUCUCAUUGGCUCUAUUCAAUGCUGCUGUUGACUUGAUAUCAUUUAGCAACAUCUUGUAUGGAAUUUAUCCUCCUCUCUUCAUCGUCCUCCUUGUAUAUUCUGUUGGCGGAACUGCUAUUAGUGUUUAUCUUGGAAAGGAACUGGUCUCUUUAAAUUUCAUGCAAGAGAAGAAAGAAGCAGAUUUUCGGUAUGGACUUGUCCGUGUUCGAGAAAAUGCUGAAUCGAUUGCUUUCUAUGGAGGUGAAGAAAACGAAAUGCAACUUUUGCUGCAGCGCUUCAGAAGUGCCUUUGAAAAUUUAACACAACUGUUGAUAUCUUCAAGAAAUCUAGAGUUCUUCACCAACGGCUAUAGAUACCUGAUUCAGAUUCUUCCAGCUGCUGUUGUUGCGCCUAUGUUUUUCUCUGGAAAAAUUGAAUUUGGUGUCAUUAACCAAUCUGUAUCAGCCUUUAACCAUAUCCUUGGAGAUUUUUCCCUUAUUGUGUACCAGUUCCAGUCCAUCAGCGCAUUCUCAGCUGUCAUUGAUCGAUUAGGUGAGUUCGAUGAUCUAUUGGAUGGCAUUAGCUCAAAGUCUCUCUUGGAAACCCAAGAAGAGAUCACGGUUGAGUACUCCCCAGCCAGAAGUUCGAUAUCGCAGGAAGCUAACGGGUCUGUCUUGAAGGGCCAGUGUCAAAAUUUACUAGUUGUGAAGAACCUGACUUUGCAAACUCCAAGAAGUAAAGCUACAUUGAUUAAGAACUUGUCAUUGAUUGUGAACAAAGAUGAUCAUUUGCUGGUCAUGGGACCGAGCGGGAGUGGUAAAACUUCGUUGUUAAGAGCACUGGCUGGUCUUUGGAAUUAUGGGAAAGGUGAAGUUAUCUUCUGUGAUGGUGAUGGGGAAAAUACUGAGGCACUUACCUCUUCAGGAAUAACAGGUAUCCAAGGAAGUAGUCUCAUGAAGAGAAACCAAAGGAGCAUACUUUUCCUUCCUCAAAGACCAUAUAUGGUUUUGGGAACACUACGCCAGCAAUUGCUUUAUCCCACAUGGUCAGAUGGUGGGAUUUCAGUAGCCGAGGAUACUGAAUUAGCUGAUUCAGCAACCUUGUCGUUGAUUGGGAAGCCCUGCUCAGAAGAAGGUGGUGGUGGUAGGAAGCCAAGCACAGAGGACUUGAUAGAGGUUCUAGAGAGAGUGCGUCUGAGCUAUGUAUUGUCACGUUGCGGUAACUUAGACUCGACACAUGAGUGGUCUAGCGUGUUGUCCCUUGGUGAGCAGCAGCGGCUUGCUUUUGCACGAUUGCUACUUUCAAAACCCAAGCUGGUUUUGUUGGAUGAGUCUACUAGCGCCUUGGAUGAAGCCAAUGAGGGUCAUCUUUACGAGGAGAUAAGAGCGGCUGGUAUAACAUAUAUUAGUGUAGGCCACAGGCGAACUCUGUUGAAGCAGCAUACGAGGGUCUUGCAUAUUGGCGCUGCAGCAGAAAAUGCAAGCAACAAUCAGGAAUGUGAUUGGCGUGUUGAGUCCAUCAGUUCGGUGGCCAUCUGA